AUGCUGAAUGAUACCAUUCCUUCCCUUGUCGACGACAACAUGAAUAUUGUCAUCACAAGGCUUACUUCUUUGGAUGAAAUCUCUGCUGCGGUUUCUGCUUUAAACAAAGAUAGUGCAUCGGGUCCGGAUAGUUUUGGGGCCGUCUUCUUUCAAACUUAUUGGGAUAUUGUUAAACAGGAUGUCUCGAAUGUUGUUCUUGAUUUUUUUUUUUUCAAUCUGGAUGGAUCAUGCAUGGUUAUUUCGAAUUUCAAGUUUAAGAUUAUCUUGAAGAUUAUAUCGGAUAUGAUUGCUUCCAUAAUGCCUUUUUUGGUUUCCCGAGAACAAAGAGGUUUUAUUCAUGCAAGGCAUAUUCAUGAUUGUAUUGGUUGGGCUUCUGAAGUGUUUAAUUUGCUGGAUGCUAAAACUUGGUGUGGAAAUUUGGCUCUAAGGAUGGAUAUUUGGAAGGAUUUUGAUACACUUAAUUGGGAGUUCCUCUAG